AUGUUUCUCCAGUAUUACCUCAACAAGCAGGGAGACCGAGUCUAUACGCUGAAGAAGCUUGACCCUAUGGGACAACAGACCUGCUCAGCGCAUCCUGCUCGGUUCUCCCCAGAUGACAACUACUCUAGACACCGAAUCACCGUCAAGAAACGCUUCAAGGUGCUCAUGACCCAGCAACCGCGCCCUGUCCUCUGGGGGUCCCCUAAACUUCAUGUCUCUUCUGCUACCCCUCAGAGACUUUCCGAAACCAAGCUCUUCAAACUGUGAGCAUUGAAGCCUUCUUAGCACCCUUGCUCUUUGGAAUCCGGUUUCAUCGUUGCCCUUGAUCAUGCUUGUGU